AUGUCAAAGACCACUCAGAAAUUGUCGAAAGAAGAUGAAUUGCUGUUAAAAGACUUCUCAGCUGCUGUAUCAGCAAAAGGCAGUGCUUUAUUUUAUGGCAAUUCGUCUGUGAUCGCAAUAGCACCUUUGUAUCUCUAUUAUGGUAUAUAUUUGAUGGAAAUAGCGGAUGCAUGGAAAAUUUGGUUGAUUUCAUCUCUGAUUGCUUCAUACCUCAUCAGUUUCGCUUAUAAAAAUAUCAAGCAUAUCCUUAAGCACAAAAUCGUUGUUAGACGAAGUGAUGCAAUUACUCGUGAAAUGAAUCGGAAAUUAGCAGAUGAAAAAAAAAUGUCUAAAAAAGAAAAGGAUGAAAGAAUUUUGUGGAAAAAAAACGAAGUUGGAGAUUAUGAGGCCACGACGUUUUCAAUCUUCUGGAAUAACACUCUUUUCCUUACUCUUUUUCUUAUUUUAUCUUUCUUCAUAUUUUCAUCAGCAUCACCUUCAACAAACUGUUUUUUUUCUAUGAGUGGUGCAGCUGGUUUAGUUGCGCUUUUUUCAACUGCUAAAUGA